ACGUAUCUUAUCACACGCACGGCAAAGCAGCCGUGAUACCACCGCAAUAACGUGGAAUAAGAGUCGACUCUUGCUUUGUGCCAUCCUGCCUUCUCGAUGAGCGCGAGCAGGCUAGAACCACGAUCUAGGUUACUUUUCAGGUCUAUGCGACUGACAGUAACGAACCAUCGUCUCUAGAACCAUUUCCUGAGACCUCCCUACCAUCUGGGAACCUACGAGUCCCUUCCACGAAGCUGUGAACGCGACCUCCCCAAACUCGUCCACAGCUGCUCCCAAUUCGUAGCUCUCGAAGCCCCAAUCUGCAGCCCCAUCUGUCGAAGCGCGGUGACUUAUGAGUCGACCCAAAAGUCAGCUCCUAUCCGCAGCCCCAUCUGUCGAAGCGCGUGACAACUGAUUAUUCCAUUCAACUGCGUCGUGAGUCGAGACUCGUGAGCACUUAUGGCGCUGCGAGCUCAUCUGCUGCAGCCCCCCUCACCAGUCUCCUUGACUCUGACCGUCCUCUUGCUAUCAAUCACAAAUACGCUAAUAAGCGGCGGCUCUCUUCUACCGAGAGUUACUGCUAGCGAAGUCGCUACGUCUUCUGCUGCCGUCCGAGGUGCACUACCCAAAGCUACAGAAACUGUAACUCCGACGUCACCUCAACAGCUUGUCUCAUCCGAAAAGCUUAUCUCGCCGGAGGCUGUGACUGAAAGCUUCAAGCUGCUGAGCUUGCGGGAAGGGAAUGUCGACCCCGUCGCCUUGCUCCGUCAAUCGAAAGCAGCGGCGGUGGAGGCGAAGCGGCUCGCGUUAGUGACGCACCGCGAGCACGAGGGUAUGGAGAGCAACCUGCGAGACGCGGCUCGGAAGGUGGAGGCGGAGCGGGAGAAGUUACAACUGGCCACGAGGCGCGCCAAGCUCUUCGCGGCGCGAGCGCGCGAGCAGCAAAACGUCGCGGAAGAAAUGGCGGCUGCUGCCGCCACGGCGACGGAACGCGCGUAUGCGAAUGCUAGUCCGGACGCGAUAAGCGCGUUCGAGGCGGCGGUUGCGGCGAAGAAAGCGAGUCUGCGCAUAGCGGGGACGACGGCGAAGAAAGCGGACAAGAUGGCGAAGAGGGCUGAGAAGCGGGAGGAUGCUUUGAGACUCGCCAUAGCGUAUCACAGCAAUUUAAAACCCCUAGUUGAAAAGCACGUAGCCCUGGUUCUGAACGCAGACGCGCAGGGCGAGGAGGCCGCAUCAGAAUUCGUUAACGUAUGGAAGGAGGUCAAGUCGCGGGCUACUAACGCGGACGUGAUAAAAAUCAUGGCGACGGAUUCUGGCGAAGGGCCGCCGACUCCGCCGCGUGCUUCAGCGGAUUCGCCGGUGAUUGACGGAGCUCGUGCCGCCGACGUUGCCGUUGUGCUUCAACGAAUCUCCGCGUCCGAAGCGGAAGAAUUCGUGACUAAAGCGCUGCAAAGCGAAGCCGUAGCCGUUUCGAACGCGGCGAAAAGCGCUGCGGAAGAGGCUCGGAUCCGAGCCUUCGAGACUAAGAAAGAGGCUCGGGAGAAGCGGCAGGAACAGGAUAAUUUCGAGGGCGAGGCGAUGGACGCGGAAUUCCAGGCGCGAGAGGCGGAGAAGGACGUGCGCCAAGCUAAGGAGCGAGCGGCGCAGAUCGCGGAGCUGGUAGCGGAGCAGCGGAAGGUGGCGGAACAAGUAGCGGCGGAACGGGAGGCUGCGCGCAAGCGCGCGUACGUGCGGGAGUCGGAGGAAGCGCAGCAGGCACUGGAUCUCGCGACCGCGGUCAGCGAAGAAGGCGCAAAGGUGCUUGUGGAAGUUACUCGAAAAUCACGACGGGCAGCUGACAAGGUUUCGUUGAGGGAGGACCACUGGCGACAGUGCGACGCCUUUCGGAAAGAGACGCAGGAAUUGGCGCGGAAUAAUAAAGCCGUGUUAGAGGAGCUGGAAAGGAAGGCUGUACAAGCUGAGCAGGCGUAUAGUAGGGUUAAGGAGGAGGCUAGAAACGCGGAUGAGCUUGUCAAGAAGCUCAAGAUCCUAGCGGCCAAAAGGCACGAGGAGUCCAAGCAGCUUCGACUUCAACGGUGGGAAUUAGUUCAAACUUCCACAUCGCAUUGAGCGGAUUGUCUCCUAAUUCUCGCAAUAAGCAGCUAAUCCCCUCUCGGUGACCGCAUUAAGUGAAAUAAACCGGGCUAUCAAUAGUCUAGUAGUAAUUACGUAUCAACGGAAGCAAGUGAACAAUAAUUGCCAAUUGUUCCU